UAUUCCCUCUAUUUAAAAAAAAUAUUUUCUUCUCAUUUAUUUAAAAGUGGUUUACCUUUUGCACUAUUUAUAGGCGCUGGUAUUUAUUACUUGAAAGAGUUCCAGGAAGUAAGAUACAAAUAUAGAAGAGUUGAACCAUUUGUGGAUAAGCUGCAUAAACAAUAUCCAGAAUUUGAUAUCAAAAAUAAAAAAGAAACAAUUCAAGAUAUAUAUGAGAGAUCAAUUAAAAAAUCUGAAUUUGACCAAUGGGAAAAUAUUAGAGGGCCUAGAUUUUAUGAGCCAGAAACACUAAAUAUUAAAGAAAGAGUUUUAUCCAACAAAAAUAAAUUAGAUAGAGAACUCUCCACUACUACUUUUCAAGACACCCUCCUUACUUUCAAACUUUUCAAAUAAGAUUUUAUCUAGAAUAGCAUGAGGCACUUAUAUUAAUUCUCAUCAAACAACGAUACACAAUGCAGACUCCUUCAUACCUUGCCAUUUCAAACUUGUUAAAAUCUCCAAUUUCAUGUAAAAAUCUGAAUUUAUUUUACUUUUGUUCUGCUGCAAAAACUCUUCAACAUGCCUCUGAUGACACUAACAAGUUGGCCCCUCCAAAACCUGUUUACCCCACUUACCCCACGCUCUUUGUUACGACUCCUGUCUUUUACACGAACGCACCACCACACUUGGGACAUCUCUACACAGCCGCCUUGGCUGAUUCCCGAUUUCGGUGGGAAAUCUUUAAAGGGCCCUCUAAAACGUAUCCUGAUCUCAUGAAUAAGAUCAAUGACAUCACUGCGAAAACCGAAAACAGUAGUAUUAAAACCCGAUCAGUUGAUGGGUAUAUUUUUGCAACUGGAACCGAUGAGCAUGGAGGAAAAAUUGCCAAAGCUGCUUUAGGAUCAAGAGAGUUAGCUUUUAGCUUUGACGAAAAUAAAUCAGCCAUCGUUCAAAAGUAUUGCGACGAUAUUUCAUGCCUAUUUAAAGAACUCUUCGAUUCAUCUUCCAUCACCUAUACUACUUACGUUAGAACUACUUCUCAAAAGCACAAGGCCGUGGUUUACUGGUUAUGGGAAAGACUUUUUUCAGCCGGCCACAUUUAUCCCGGAUAUUAUCGGGGCUGGUACGAUUUGGUUAACGAAGAAUUCGUCCCACCUCAAGAAACUAUAAUCGAUAUUCGCUACAACGAUGACCAUCAUUUGAAAGACGAUACCAAUGUUACUCAUAUUAGUAGACGGAAAAGUGGUACUCGGUCAACGAGCAAUGGAACGCCUGUCACAUGGGUUGAAGAAGUCAAUUAUAUUUUUGCGCUGAGUCGUUUUGCCCCAGCCGUUUCUGAUUGGUUGGCGAGUAGGGAUGAUGUGGUAGUCCCCGAUUGGUUUGGUAAUCAAGCCCGGCAGUAUCUAAUUGACAUGGGUGGGCGGGAUAUUUCUAUCUCGCGUUGCGCCACCAAAGUUCCUUGGGGUCUGCCGGUGCCAGAUGAUCCAUCUCAGACGAUCUAUGUAUGGUUUGAUGCCCUUGCCAGCUACUUAACCGCUUCGGGAUUCGAACCGGAGCUGACCUCAUCUGAUAGUUUAAAAAAGCAACCCAGUCGCUUUUACUGGCCACCAACUCAUCAAUACGUGGGUAAGGACAUUCUCAAGUUUCAUUGCGUAUUAUGGCCGGCCCUUCUUAUAGCAGCCGGCUUGGAUCCACCACGUCAGAUUAUAUGUCAUUCUCAUUGGCUAGUGGAUCAUCAAAAGAUGUCCAAGAGUUUUGGAAACUCCGUGGACCCUAUUACAGCCGCUCCACUUUUUGCCGGACUUAGCGGUCUUCGGUACGCACUUAUACGAGGCUCUGCUGAACUAUCACAAGACUCUAAUUAUGAUCCAACUCGGCUUCGGUCUUUAGUCAGUGCGGACUUGGCUAACACCCUGGGCAACCUACUUAACCGGGCUGCCUCUAUAAAUGCCUCCUUCGGUCACUUAAAUUUUGCAGAAUCACAACCAGGAUCCGACUUACCCUCCUUUUACCUCGACCUGCAGGUUCGUCUUUUAUCUCUCCCCAAUCAUUUUGAGAACCGUUGCAGCCCGCAAAUACACCGCUUUGAUCGCGCCAUUGAAGACGCCCUCGAGGCUGUUCGGGCAUGCAACUUAGCCUUCGAAAUCGUUCGCCCUUGGGACUCUAAUGCUGCAUCACCGUCGAAUACGACUCACCUUCUUGUCGCCACUCACAACCUCUUGAGAGUCGUGGGUCUUCUUUUUUCUCCUUUUGCGCCUGCCCUCGCAUCAGAGUUAUUGGACCGCCUGGCCGUCUCGCACCGGGACCGCACCUGGGUUCGCGCCUGCCAAUGGGAUGAUUUUAAUCGUUCAUACCUGCCCGAAUUUGACGCUCGGUCAAAGGAACAACACCAAGAGCGAAAAGUUUUUUACCCAAGAUUGAGAUGACCAAUAAAAAACGACUAUAUAACUAAACUGAUUUCUUCUCAUUAUCAUGGAUGAUAAAAUCUUUUUACUAUCUCUUCAUAAUUGUUUUUAAAAUGAUGGAUGUUGAAAUUGAUAAAAAGUGAAGUUUUUCUGUUUUUUUUGUUAUGAUUUAUUAU